UAGGUACCCACAUACCCGCCCGAGCUAGCCCGAAGAGGCUGCGUUCAAUCCCCCUAGAGGCUAGAGAUAUUAUCACAGCAGGCCAAUGUCAUUCCCACCUUGACCACAUACAAUCCAGCCCCCAUGCCCGAGGUUUCUCGCCUUUUAGUCUUUCGCCCGUGGGCAACAAAUGGUUAGUGCCAAAUCACUUAGAAGUCGAGUCAAGAAGGACAGGGUCUGCUGCUGCUGUAGGCCUCGACACAUGCAGUCGUGGACAGGAAGCAUCCUGGGGUGACACCCAAAAGGCGUAGGCGUAGCUGCCUCGCAAGUCGCAUUGCCAGCUCACAAAAAAUCCAAUCCUGGACUCCAAAGCUUGGCGGGCUCCGAGAACAGUAACCAUCAACGGUCAAUUCGGAAGCUCAACCAUGUCCAUGUCACCUUCUCCGGCACCCGCCCCCUUGCCAGACGGCCUGCCAGGCGGCCUGCCAGUGGACGAGGUCCCGCCUCAUCAGACGAUAGAUGUGCCCAUCAGUGACGCUCGCGCUCUGUUCGGCUCCUUCUCAAGCUUCCUCACCGUCUCCAUCCAUACCAUCCUCUACUACCGCGGUAUAUAUCCCAAGGAAACUUUCCUCUCUGCCAAGGCAUUCAACCUGCCUGUGCACCAGUCUCGCCAUCCCAAGGUGUGCUCCUGGAUCAACGAUGCCGUAGAUGCGGUCAUGGCCCAGGCUGCCAACGGUAGUGUCGACCGAGUGGCCGUGGUUGUCCAUGCUCCCCUGCAUCCAACACCUUCAAAGGACUCUCCAGACCAGCAGCUGGCACCAGCAAGCGUUCUCGAGCGAUGGGUUUUUGAUAUAUCUCGACUCCCGGCUUGGCCAGGCGGCAUAGACGCAAUGAGAAAUUUCCGCGGGGAGGAGAGGGCAGGCGACCGCCUGCGACAUGAUGACGAGGUCGCCGGUGAAGAGGUGGGAAGUGGCGGCGAACAAGCCGAAGACGCGGCCCUUGACGCAGCUGCCGCCGACGGUAAUCGGCCUGAAUCGGUCAACUGGGCUGAUGUCGACGAGCAGCUUCGUGGUGCCGUCCGUCGCCUUGCCUAUGCCGGAGAGACCAUGGACGCCUUGCCGCCUGGCUGCACUUUCACCGUGGCGGUUGAGCUGCGAGAUGAAGCACGGGCUCCAAUCGGCCACCCUCAACCCUGGAUUCCAUCUCAGCCAGAUCUCCAGCCGCCAUCUGCGGCGCGGCCCCAGAAAGGCGUCCGCACCAGAAGCUCGAGAACCAUUCCUGUCCGUACAGUUGAGGCUGGGCCGCUAUUGUUCGAGUGCUGGGUCGAAGAGGGCAGGACGAAAGGCGCACCCCAAGGAUCAUAGUACUUAAGCAGACAGGAAUCUUAUAUUAUCCAAAGUUACCUUUUACCAGACUGAGAGCAACUUCUCCAGGUGGUUUCG